AUGACAGCCUAUACAAGCUUUCAGCUCAUUCCUUCACUUGAGAAGAUGGUUGAAGUGAGUGCCCUCAGCCAAUUCAUGAACAAACUGAAGUAUGUUCAUCUUGUUGCAGCCAAGCAUAUUCUGAGAUAUUUGCGAGGCACAGUUGGCUACGGGUUGAAGUAUCCAAUCAACAUUGUCAUCACCUUGGAAGGCUACUCUGAUUCUAAUUGGGCAGGAAGUGUAAUCGAUAGGGAGAGUACUUUAGGAAUUUGUUUCAGUUUGGGUCAUGUUGUUAUAUCCUGGACCAGCAAGAAACAGUUGUUAGUUGCAUUAAAUACUACAGAAGCUAAGUUGUGGCUUCGCAAGCUUCUUGUUGGGUUGUUCGGACAACCUUGGGAGCUCACUGUCAUUCAUUGUGACAAUCAGAGUUGUAUUAAGAUGUCUGCUAAUCCUGUGUCUCAUGACAGAUAA